UGAGGUUUGAAGGGGGAAAUACACUGACCUGUAUGAAGGAAACAGCACAUGAUGGGCUGUGAAGGAUGGAGUCUACUCUGGCUGGCCUGUUUAGUGUCCAGUUUUCUCCAGAAUUGUGCAGUUCGGGUGACCGUGAGAGAGUCCAGUGUGGAAGUGGUGCGGGGAGAUUCUGUCACGCUGCCUUGUACGUUCUUCACCAUGAUGCCUUUGUAUCGACUCAGCAUUAUUUGGACUCUGACCCCGGUCUCUGAUCCUGCCUCCCCCAUGCAGGUGAUUGUGUAUGAUCACGGGCAGGUGAUCGAGAGCCCUUCAUUCAUGGGCAGGGUGGGUUUUACAGGGAUGCCUUGGAGCGCUGACGUCGUUCUGAAUGACACUCGCAUGUCUGACGCUGGGGUUUUCCGCUGUGUGGUCAGCAACCCGCCUGAGACUGGAGACCCUGGCAUAGGAGAACUCAGCCUCACUGUUUUGGCACCUCCGUCUCUACCUGUGUGUCUGUGGGAAGGGGAUACAGAUGCUGGCGGCAGCGUGAAACUCUCCUGUAUGGCGCUGGAGGGUUUCCCCUCUCCACAGAUGAUCUGGGAGAAGCUAGAACCUGAUCAGAUCAACCUGCCAGUGAACAUGGAUGGUGAAAAGACGGGCUCCGUGCAAAUUGCCAACUUCUCUGCACAGAACUCCGGACUGUACCGCUGCUCUGUGAGCAACCUGUUGGGCACUCAGCACUGCUACAUUAACCUGUCUGUUUACAUCCAUCCUGAUAAUUCCCCGGGAAUCCUGCAGGGGGUGCUGUUGAGUCUGUCUAUGGCUCUGCUGCUGCUGGCUCUGAUUGUGCUGGUGCUGUGGCUCCACCGUUCGGCGCAGGAGAGCAAAUGGAUUAACAGCCGGGAGGAAGAGGAGUGUUAUAAUGAGAUAAAAUACACGCCCACUCUCAUAAAACGCUCGUUUGUCUGAGCUGUAAGUGAGAAGUGACGAUCAGGACUAUCUCAACAUGUAAUAUAAGACUAAGGGAAAAAGUUAAACUUUUUGUUGUUGUUGUGAUAAAUCCUCGUGGGCCAGUUUUUGAAAGUGCUUUUUAAUGUUUUAUCACAUUUCAAACUUAUAAUUAUAUUAAAGUGUGAAAAAAGUCUAAGAUGACUCUGAUCUCUUGCAAUCAGUUUAAGCCCAGCUAAAGAUAGUAAAAUGCAUCAUUAUGUGCAUGCAUCAAUGAAAAUGAUAGAGUAAUAGGGAUCUAUACUUUUGACACAACUGUCAAAAUAUCUGGUUAAUCAUAAUUUAUAAUAUUAAAACAAAAACAAAAUUUCUAUUGUUGGCAUUUAAAGGCAAAUUAAUGGUUAAAUAACAUUUACAGCUUAAUUGCUUUAUCCCUCAUCUGAAAAACAACAACAACAACACAUUUACAGUAAUGCACCUACAAUGAUAGCCAAUGUGUAGGGUUGAGAGGGAUACUUUUGAAAUGUAUUCCACUACAGAUUACAGAAUACAUGCUGUAAAAUGUAAUUUGUAACGUAUUGCAUUAGAUUACUCAAGGUCAGUAACAUAUUCUAAAUACUUCGGAUACUUCUUCAGCACUGGUAGAUUUUUUUCAUUUGUUUUGACCAUAAAAACGUGUACAGUAAGAGAAAAUACACAUGAUAAAAAUACAUUCUCUGAUUAACCUAAAUAUCUUAUGCAGUGACUGUUUCUAAAACAAGAUCAAUCAUAUCGAUCUAGUUUUAUGGAUUUUUAGAUAUUUUUACAGGAAAACAUUACAAAAAUGAUUAUCAAGAAUAUGUGUUUGCACUAAUAUUAAAGGUCUUACUAGAAAAAUAUCAAUUAUGAUCCAACGUGAAUUUUCUUGAAAAAAUAAAUAAAUAAAUAUGAUUGUGCCUGGUGACAUGUGCAUGUAAAAUGCCUAGAAAUAGCUUUUUAGCUUUAUUUCUAUUUCUUCUGCUCCAAACUUCUCUGUCUGCUCGUAUGAAUGUAGCACAUCAUAAGAAAGUGUUUCACAGCUGUUCAAAUACACUUUGGAUGAUAUCAUUUAUAUGUAUAAAUGUUUUCCAUCUGAAAGGACUAAAUAUUAAAUGAAACAAAUUACAAAAAUGCAAAAGUAAUCUCUUCA